AGGAGAGAGAAGAAGAAGUUCUCUGGUCUUAGUGCUUGAUUCAGUGAAGAAGAGAAGGUGGAAGAUGAAGACUCUGCUCGUCCUCGUUCUCUGCUCCCUGGCUGUGGCCACAGAAGCGGCACAGCCUGUUGGUGACUACCCUGCUCAGGACGACGUGGCACAGCCUGUUGGUGACUACCCUGCUCAGGACGGCUUGUUUGUGGAGAAGGAGCAGGCGUCCUCAGUGGUGAGACAGAGGAGAGCUGCAGGGGAGUUGACACUCACCCAGCUGGAGAGCCUGAAAGAAGUGUGCGAGGCCAACCUGGCUUGUGAGGACAUGAUGGACAUCAGUGGAAUCAUCGCCGCCUACACCGCCUACUACGGACCAAUCCCCUAUUAGAACCAACCGAACCAUCCCUUCUUCACUUUGCAUUCUCACCUUUGAGCUUAACUUUGUCUUUGCAGUUUAAACAAGUGAAUUUGAAGUAUCACAAAUUUUAAAGAUGGAGACGGCAUGUGAGUUUAUUUCCACCCUGCAUUGCCCCUCAGUGUCUCCGUCAGUUCAGACUGUGGAGCAGUGUGAUGUAAUUGAAUAAAGAUCAAUAAAAGCUG